AUGCCGGGACCUGAUUGGUUGAGAUGGUCAGCUCCCGGCUCUCCCAAACGGGCCGAGGUCAGCACUCCACGAUCCUCCACACUGAGCGAGACAACAGCAGAAGCUACUCCAAGCCUGCCUAGGCCUCCGCCGUCGGGGAGCCUCGCCCCCCCCCCCCCCGUCGAUCUCCAACUCCACUCCAGCACCCAGCCAUACCUGUGGGAACUCACACCCGCAGCUUUGCUUUUCGUGAACAAGCACUUUGAGGCGAGUGCUCCGUGUCCCCACUUUGAACAAAUAAAGCAACACGGUGCAUAUAGUAGAACAAGUAAUAGUAUAAGUACAAGUAGCAGUACGAGUAGUAUUAUGAGUUGUAUUAGGAGUAUGAGUAUUAGUAGGAGUAAUAGUAUGAAUACAAGUAGUAUGAGUACGAGUAGUGGUACAAGUGGUAGUAUGAGUAUGAGUAGUAGUAGGAGAAUGGGUAGUAGUAAGAGUUUGAGUAGUUGUAGAAGUACACAUAAUAAUAGAAGUACUAGUAGUAGUUGA